AUGAACUGGAACAAAGGCGGUCCAGGUGUGAAGCGAGGGUUUGGGUUUGGAGGAUUUUCCCUUGCAGGAAAAAAAGAGGAACCUCGCCUUCCUCAGUCAUCUCACACAUCAUUUGGAGCCCCAGGAUCCAGUGGGGGGUAUGGGAAGGGCCAGCAGCUCCCAUCAUUUUACAAAAUAGGGACAAAAAGAGCUAAUUUUGAUGAGGAAAAUGCGUAUUUUGAAGACGAUGAAGAGGAGUCCAGCAGCAAUGUGGAUCUGCCAUACAUCCCAGCUGAGAACUCACCCACACGGCAGCAGAUGCAGUCUGGUGGUGGAUCAGACAGUGAAGAUGACCCACUGGAUGCCUUCAUGGCAGAGGUUGAGAACCAAGCUGCUAAAGACAUGAGAAAACUGGAGGAAAAGGAAAAAGAGAAGAAGUCAGCCAAGGGUAUUCGUGAUGACAUUGAAGAAGAAGAUGAACAAGAAGCCUACUUCCGCUACAUGGCAGAGAAUCCCACAGCUGGGCUGACCCAAGAGGAAGAGGAAGAAAACAUUGACUAUGACAGUGAUGGGAACCCAAUUGCCCCUACCACCAAGAAAAUCAUCUUGCCUCUUCCUCCCAUUGACCACUCAGAGAUUGAUUACCCACCCUUUGAGAAAAACUUUUACAAUGAGCAUGAAGAGCUCAGCAACCUGACUGGAACUCAAGUGUUGGAGUUAAGGCACAAAUUGAACCUAAGGGUAUCUGGCGCUGCCCCUCCUAAACCUUGUACUAGCUUUGCCCACUUCAACUUCGAUGAGCAGCUAAUGCACCAGAUCCGCAAGUCUGAGUACACUCAGCCCACACCAAUUCAGUGCCAGGGUGUGCCCAUAGCUCUGUCUGGACGUGACAUGAUUGGUAUUGCAAAAACAGGCAGUGGCAAAACUGCAGCGUUUAUCUGGCCCAUGCUGGUUCACAUCAUGGACCAAAAGGAACUGGAGGCAGGAGAAGGGCCCAUCGCAGUCAUCGUGUGUCCCACCAGAGAGCUUUGUCAGCAGAUCCAUGCAGAAUGUAAGCGUUUUGGGAAAGCCUACUCUUUGCGUUCUGUGGCGGUUUAUGGAGGAGGCAGCAUGUGGGAGCAGGCCAAAGCUCUGCAAGAGGGAGCAGAGAUUGUGGUGUGCACUCCGGGUCGUCUGAUUGACCACGUGAAGAAGAAGGCCACAUCCCUGCAGAGAGUGACUUACCUGGUGUUUGAUGAGGCAGAUCGCAUGUUUGAUAUGGGCUUUGAGUAUCAGGUCAGAUCUAUUGCCAGCCAUGUCCGCCCAGACAGACAGACCCUUUUGUUUAGCGCUACAUUCCGAAAGAAGAUAGAGAGGCUGGCCAGAGACAUCUUGGUGGAUCCUAUUCGUGUGGUUCAGGGAGACAUCGGAGAGGCCAAUGAGGACAUCACCCAAGUGGUGGAAAUGCUCCCCAGCCCAACAGACAAAUGGGGCUGGCUCACCCGGCGGCUGGUUGAGUUCACCUCCUCCGGCUCAGUCCUCAUCUUCGUCACCAAGAAGGCAAACUGUGAAGAAUUGGCUACUAACCUGACCCAGGAGGGCUACAGCCUGGGCCUCCUGCAUGGAGACAUGGAUCAGAGUGAGAGGAACAAGGUCAUCAGCGACUUCAAGAAAAAGAAUUUGCCUGUUCUGGUGGCCACUGAUGUAGCUGCUCGUGGUCUGGACAUCCCAUCCAUUCGCACAGUGGUAAACUACGACGUGGCACGAGACAUUGACACGCACACACACAGGAUUGGUCGUACUGGCCGUGCUGGAGAGAAGGGCGUCGCUUACACUCUCCUCACCGGCAAAGACACCACGUUCGCUGGCGACCUUGUGAGAAAUCUAGAGGGAGCUAAUCAAGCAGUUUCUAAGGAACUGAUGGAUUUAGCGAUGCAGAAUCCUUGGUUCAGGAAGUCCCGAUUCAAAGGUGGUAAAGGAAAGAAGCUGAAUAUUGGAGGAGGUGGUCUUGGUUACAGAGAGAGACCAGGCCUGGGGGCUGAAAGUUCUGAACGUAGCAGCAGCUUGUUGUCUUCUACAAGUAGCUUUGAAGGCUACAGCAAACCAACCACUGGGGCGAUGGGAGAUCGCAUGUCUGCAAUGAAACAAGCCUUCCAGGCUCAGUAUAAGAGCCACUUUGUGGCUGCAUCCAGCGGCCCUCCAAAGCUCACCACUAAGUCUAACAGCUCGUCAUGCUGGACCAGUGCUGGCAGCCUGAGCUCUGUGCCAACUGAGUCCGCCAACGGCUCAGAGCGGUCUCACAGCGCUGCCUUGUCCAUGUCCAUGGCUGGCUUCACUAGCGCCGGCUCCUUGAGCUCUGUGCCUGUCAGUCAAACCAGUUCACAGCACAGCUACCCUCCGCCUGCGCCUGCUCCACAGAGAGACAUCCCAAGGGACAGACACGGUGAGGACAGAGGGCGCCACGACAGUUACCACCGCCACAGCGACAGGAGCGACCGACACAGUGGAGAGGACCGACAUGGAGACCGGGAUCGCCAUGGAGACAGAGAUCGUGACCGCUACGGGGACCGGGACCGCUACAGCAGCAGCAGCAGUCGCCACAGUGAUAAUCGUAAUGGAGAUGGAAGCAGGAGAGACAGAGAUGAUCGGAGGAGUGAGAGGGACGGGGGAGACAGGGGGAGUGGGGAGGGGAGGGACAGAGGAGAUGAUAGUUUUGCUGUCCCUGAACCACCAAAGCGUAGAAAGAGCAGGUGGGACAACUAAAGAAAACAAAAAACACAUCAAUAGAAUAAUAUGUGCAACCAACUGCUCCAUGAUGAGCUUGUCUGUUGUGUAGGCAGAUAGCAAAGCAUAUCAGAGUCAAGCACAGGACCGUAGGGGGAUUUGUGGACUCUUAAUUCAAGUGUACUGACACUCCUGUCAGGUUGGUUAGGACCUCAUGAUUUGAUAAGAGCUCAACAGAGUGUGUCAGACAUAACACAAGCAGCUCAGAGACAGCCACUGUACAUAUAUCAUCAAGACUGUUGUUAAUGUAAAUCAAUAGGAUUGAGCAAUAGAGCUGUAAUGAAUCCUGCUGUCAGUAAACAAUUCAGAGCUAGGAUAUGUUCUCUUGUUUUCUCUCAUGGAGCUCCUAACAUGCUUUUGUGCUUGCAGAUUUGAAGCUUUAUUUUUUUUUCCUAAUGGAUCUUUGCCAGGUGUGUUAGUGUGUUUGCAUUUUGUUGAUCUACAAAGAUUACUCUUAGAACUGUUUCAUUUUUUUCACAAGUGCUCUGUGAUGAUUGACUCACCCACAUACAUGUUAAAAUGAUGUAUAGCUCUUUGUGUCUUGUAUUCAAGUCCUAGUGAAGUGCCUUUCUUUGGCAUUUAGUCUGUCUAUGCUUUUUAAAUGUUUUUCAACAAAGAUGCAUUUGUUUAUAUAGGAGGAAUUUCAAGUGUUCAUUCACACAAUGGAAAAUGUGAAGUUUUGAUUAAAAAGACCUGUUUAGCAUCAA